ACCUUGAGCCGCUAUUAACAUCCAUAUCAUGAAUGCUCCAGAUAGAUUCGAAUUGUUCAUCUUACCGGAUGGUGUAGACAAGAUCAAAAUCACCCCGGAUACAAAAGUACCCAAUGCUGCUAUCAUAAAGAUCGAAAAAGAAGACCAUACUUUGGCUAACCUAUUAAGAGCUCAACUUUUAAAAGAUGAAAGAGUGUUAUUUGCUGCCUACAAAGUUGAACAUCCACUUUUUGCCAACUUUGUGCUCAGAAUACAAACCGAAGAUAACUACACUCCCAAGGAAGCAUUAAGAAACGCUUGUACGAAUUUGAUUGGAGAGUUAGACUUGAUUAAGAAUAAGUUCAAAGACGAAUGGGCAUUGAAGUCUUUAUUGAACGACAACGACGACUACUAGGUUUGUUUGUCCUUAUUGUACAUUAGAUAAUGAAUGCAUAUUUAAUAAUGAAUUGUUCACACUACCACUCUACUAUGAAUUUUUCAUGUUCUGUGUUCUCUUCUGAAUUAGCUUCUUUCCAUGGUAUAUUAAUUCUAUAAUACAAUUACACAAAU